AUGGAAUCGAAACAGCCCACUAUUUGGGCAGUUCUGAUUGUAACCUUUGUGUUGGCCACAGUUUGUCUCCUAUUCCGAUUAUUCAGUCGUUUUUUGAAAAAGGCGUCUUUUUGGUGGGAUGACUACUUUGCCAUUGGAGCCUAUGUCGUCGCAAUUGCUUGGCUUAUCACCUGCCCAAUAUGGAUGGCAAACGGCCUGGGAAUGCACAUUGAGGAUGUGACCUGGCUCACGCUGAACCAAGCAAUUUAUCAAUCGAAAUUGAUGCUAUACAUUGCUGAGAUCAUAUACGCAUUUGGCUUAUAUUUCGCCAAAAUGUCUGUUCUGCUCUUCUACUGGCGUUUGUUCAAUGUUACCAAUCUGCGAUAUCCCAUGAUCGCCCUCAUGGUCAUGUCGACAAUAUGGAUCAUCAUCAGAACAUUCAUGGCCAUCUUCCACUGCGUUCCCGUGCGAGCGUUUUGGGACCUCACGAUUGUGGACGCUCGCUGCGAUAUUGACGACAAGAAGUUCUUCUUUGGAAGUGUGCUCGUCCACUUGCUCAUCGACGUCAUGAUCCUGAGUCUGCCCGUCUUCCAGAUUGGCAAGCUUCAGCUCCGAAAGAUGCAAAAGAUUGGUAUCAUUGCCAUGUUCACAUUUGGUUUCACCAUUUGCGUCUGUGCCGUUGCCAUCAUUGUCGGUGCCGCAAACUUUGACACAACAUCCGUCGAUAUUACAUGGAACGUGACAGACAUUGUCACUUGGGCGAGCGCAGAAGUCAACCUGGUGACCGUCUCUGCUUGCUUCCCGACUAUUCGACCAGCCUUCAUGUUCUUCUUUGGCCGCUGGCUACCCACGACGCUAGGCUCCGGUCCAGGUUCCGAGGGCGUCAACAAUAUCUAUACGCGCAGCGGCCUACGUAGUGGCGCCAACAAGAAGUCGAUCAAGCUCGAGUCGAUGCCGGGGGUCAAGGGCAGCGACGAGGAUAGCUCGGUGUUUGGGCUGGCCAACAAUAGCCACCGCGGGGGCAACAGCCUGGACAACCACAGCAGCGACUUUGAGGGGCACGGGUUCGACGGGAACCCAAAGGGCGUCUCCCACACCACCGUCAGCUACCACCACAGUGGCAACAACCAGGAGCGGGCGGCCGAGGAGGGCAAAGCCGCCGCCAUGCUCGGUAUCUCCAUCAAGAAGGAGACAUCGGUCCAGGUCUCGGAUAAUCUGUCAAGUAACAGUGAUAACAAGGAGGUUGCGUCGAAUCGAUCGUUUGCAUAA